GUCGAUGCGGGCGCAUGCGCAAAGGGGAGGGCGUGCAGGCGCGGCGUGAGGGGAAGCGGAGCUGCUGUGAGAAAUGUCGCAGAGGAAGCGCAGCAAAGUGUCGGGCUUCUCUCAGGGGGAUGAUGGGGAUGAGGAUUUUAAUGUGAGCCAGACGCCCACGCACAGCCAGGUGCAGAGGAACCUGGAGAGGCGCUCCCAGGAUCAAGUGAAUCAGAAGGUGAGCGAGCUGGUUCAGUUUUUGCUUGUGAAAGACCAGAAGAAGAUCCCCAUCAAGAGAGCGGAUAUCCUGAAAAAAGUCAUCCGGGAAUACAGAGAUGUUUAUUCGGAGAUCAUCAACCGGGCGGGCAGGACCCUGCAGGAGGUAUUUGGGCUGCAGCUGGUGGAGAUCGACACCAGACACCACAUCUACAUCCUCACCAGCAACCUGCCCCGUGCAGAGGGGGAGAACCUGCGCCGGGACAACCAGACAGCCAAGUUGGGGCUCCUCAUCAUCAUCCUCAGCUUCAUCUUCAUGAGGGGUAACUCAGCUAAAGAUGGUGCUGUGUGGGAAUUCCUCCGCCGGCUCCGGGUGCAACCAGGGGAGCGACAUGAGGUUUUCGGGGACGUCAAGAAACUGGUGACGGAGGAGUUUGUGCGGCAGAAGUACUUGGAGAUCACCCCCAUCCCCCUGACGGACCCCCCCGAAUUUAAGUACCAGUGGGGGCCGCGAGCGGCCAAGGAGACCUCCAAAAAGGACGUGUUGCGCUUCGUGGCAAAGAUCCAAGGGAAGGACCCCACAUUCUGGACGAGCCAAUACACCGAGGCUGAGGCCACCCCCUAACCCCCCCCCUAAAUAAAAGCACCUUUUUGGGGUGCAGCCCCUCAA